AUGGAAGGAGUUGAGCUCGCUCAGCUUGCCAGGCCCGCUGCUGCUGAGAACCCAUCGCGGACCGUGGCAGACAUGAGUAGAAUGCCCGACAGCGCCCUGAGAAGAACAAGGCAGGUCAGGAUCAGGCAAGCAAAAGUGGCCACAGCAGUGUACACCUUGGUACGUGUGGCUGCCAAUAUUUGGGCGAGUGGGUUUACCUUCGAUGGACUUGCCAGGCCAUUGGUGACUGGACUUGGUGCUUACUGGUUUCUCAACAAUGAAAACCAUGAUUGGGACAAAUCAAGGAUGCAGGUGUGGGCCUGGCGGCUGAUCCUUUUGCUGGCUUUCCCGGGAUGCGACCAAAGCGUGGUCGCAUGCUUACGUAGUGUCGUUGACGUGGUGAAGCUGAUGAGUUUAUGGGAAAUCCUGUGCCUUAUCACGCAGAUGCACGUGACCAGCUUGAAGCUCCAGGCUUUAGGCUGGCGACUAUCAUCAUCUUGUCUUUCGAGAUCCCUGCCCGUUGGCUUUGGCAUCUCUGCUGCUGCGACACUCCGAGCAGAUGACUUUGCGCAUCGGUUUUGUCUUGUCCUUUUUCUGGUGGUAUUGCUGUGGCAAUGCUGUUGCUUGCUAUGCGUGGCUGGACGAGCCUGUAUGAUGUCGCCCCGGGACAAAAACAUUCGAGGUGCUGCGAGCGCCUUGCUUGUCAGCUCCCUCUUAAUCGUUGCGGGGCCUGCCUUGAGCUUCGUGGCCAUCUCCAGCUUGUCCCAGUCAGAGAACCUGGGACGAAUCACGCCGCUGAAGUUCGAGUUGACAAUUUUCGGAUCCAAGAUUUUCCAAGUUCUUAGUGCAUUGGUUCUCAGUGGCAUGCUCGUCAAACACACUCGGGAAAAUGCUGAACGAGCAUUCGCAACGCUUGCGGAUUUGUAUGGCUUCAGUCUGACAUCGACGUCAAGUCCCAUCACGUUUCGGGGUGGAAUUGAUGAGGACGCAUCCGACUGCAUCGUCUCAUUCCCAGGCCGAUAUGGUAUGAAGUGGGACGGGAUAGCAUCCAUGGCCAGCGGACAGAAGGAUGUCUGCUCAACAGCAUGUGUGUUUCUGCCAGACGCGGCUUCCGGGCUUGGCGUGCAUGUGAUGGACCCGGAUACGCCGGGUAAGUGUUGGUGUCACUGUCUUUAUGGACACAUGGACGCAACGACUUACCUGUCUGUCUGUGACAUGUUCGAAUUGACGCCGAAGCAACUGCAAUCUAGAAGGGAGAGUGCAGAAGCAAUGGGUGACGUGUUGUGCAGGGGAGCAUAUUGA